AUGGCGACUAAUUUGACGGACCAGGUGCGCUCGAUAUCCGAGGUCACAAAGGCCGUCGCGAACGGCGACCUGAGCUGGUCGGUCAACGUCGAUGUGCAGGGCGAGAUGCUGGAUUUGAAGAUGACCGUGAACCAGAUGGUUGCCCGCUUGUUGACGUUGGCGAGCGAGGUCACACACGUAUCGCUCGAGGUCGGGACCGAGGGUAUCAUGGGUGUCCGGCACGGAUGGCCAGGCAUCCGUGCCGGACGUACAGGGCAUGUGUUGGCGGACAACGUCAACUUGAUGGCGAUGAACUUGACGAACCAGGUGCGCUCGAUCGCGGAGGUGACCAAGGCCAUCGCCGGUGGAGACUUGAUGAAGCGCAUCACGGUCGACGUGCGUGGCGAAAUGCUCGACUUGAAGGUGACUGUGAACGGCAUGACGGAAAGCUUGAGCGUCUUUGCUGACGAGGUCACCCGAGUCGCGAAGGAGGUCGGCACGGAGGGUAAGUUGGGUGGCCAGGCGCAGGUCAUGAAUGUCGGCAGCACUUGGAGGGUAUGUAGUUCUCCACCACCGGAAUGGGCACCAUGCUGA